GGAAGUGGCUCCGGGGCGCAUGCGCGAUGUCUGCACGGUGAAUGGGGCCGUUUCCUCCGCCGGCGUGAGACGAUCUCUGCCUCUCAGGAUUCUGGCUCGCGUCACCUCGCUCUCGCCUCCUCCGCGCCGGAGCGGGGUCGCAGGCUCCGGAGCCCCUCCCGCUCCACGCCACCGGCUUCCCGCCGCAACACGACUCUCAGACACACAUGCCGCCACCUCGGAGACUCACCGCUUCUAGACCGUUCUUCUCCCGAAGGGCAUCCCACUUUUGUCUCUCCCACGUCGAGCUGCCUGAUUUCCCCCGUUGCCCUGGUGACUCUCCGAAACUAAGUGUUUCUGUUGGCUCCUGCCUGCCUCCGCCAGGUGUUCAUUACCUACAUGCACUCGCUUCCCCCCAGGGUCAAAAUGAGUCUGUUUGGAACAACCUCGGGUUUUGGAACUGGUGGGACCAGCAUGUUUGGCAGCACAACCACAGAUAACCACAACCCGAUGAAGGAUAUUGAAGUAACAUCCUCUCCUGACGACAGCAUUGGUUGUCUAUCUUUUAGCCCACCAACCUUGCCGGGGAACUUUCUUAUUGCAGGAUCGUGGGCUAACGACGUUCGCUGCUGGGAAGUUCAGGAUAGUGGGCAGACUAUACCAAAAGCCCAACAGAUGCACACCGGGCCCGUGCUAGACGUGUGCUGGAGUGAUGAUGGGAGCAAAGUAUUUACGGCUUCUUGUGAUAAAACUGCCAAAAUGUGGGAUCUCAACAGUAACCAAGCAAUACAGAUUGCACAGCACGAUGCUCCUGUUAAAACCAUACAUUGGAUCAAAGCACCAAACUACAGCUGUGUGAUGACCGGGAGCUGGGAUAAGACUUUGAAGUUUUGGGAUACGCGAUCAUCAAAUCCUAUGAUGGUUUUGCAGCUCCCUGAAAGGUGUUACUGUGCUGACGUGAUAUACCCUAUGGCCGUGGUGGCAACUGCGGAGAGGGGACUGAUUGUCUAUCAAUUAGAGAACCAGCCUUCUGAAUUCAGGAGGAUAGAAUCUCCACUGAAACAUCAGCAUCGAUGUGUGGCUAUUUUUAAAGACAAACAGAACAAGCCGACUGGUUUUGCCUUGGGAAGCAUCGAGGGGAGAGUUGCUAUUCACUACAUCAACCCCCCAAACCCUGCCAAGGAUAACUUUACCUUCAAAUGUCACCGAUCUAACGGAACCAACACUUCAGCCCCUCAGGACAUCUACGCGGUGAAUGGAAUCGCAUUCCAUCCCGUUCAUGGCACCCUUGCAACUGUGGGAUCUGAUGGUAGAUUCAGCUUUUGGGACAAAGAUGCCAGAACAAAACUAAAAACUUCAGAACAGUUAGAUCAGCCGAUCUCAGCUUGCUGCUUCAAUCACAAUGGAAACAUCUUUGCGUAUGCUUCCAGCUACGACUGGUCCAAGGGACAUGAAUUCUAUAAUCCCCAAAAGAAAAAUUACAUUUUCCUGCGUAACGCAGCUGAAGAGCUAAAACCCAGGAAUAAGAAGUAGUGGCGGAGCCUGACGGGCUGUUGGAGUAGUUUUCUCUGCACACUGCCUCGUCCGGACAAAUUUGGAUCCCAGUUUUUGGAGGGUUGUCAGCCAGGGAUGUGGAUUUCAGCCCCUGGAGAAAACAGUGGCACUGCUUAGCAGUCAGGGGCCCAGCGGGCCGCAGCGACUGUGGGUCCCUCCAUUCCACUGCCCGAUACAGAUUUCCUCUGUAGCUCAGGGGGUAAGGCCUUUGUAGAAGUUAGAUUCGCGGGCGGCCGCCAGGAUUUUGCAGUGCUUCGUUCAGCAAUGUCUGUGUUAGAGAACGCUGGGAAAUGUUUCAUGAACCCUGUACUGUCUUUUGUAAUAAAACAUUUUGAAGAUUGCCUACUAAAGCUCCCUUUGUCCAUCUUCCCACCCGCCAGGUAAGCCCUGAAGUGGCCGUCCUGUGCAGCAUCAGGGUUGGGUUUUCGUUUGUGACUUCAGACACCUUUUGGGAAAUGCAGAAAUCUGCACCUUAGGAAAUGGAGUCCUGAGCUGUGACUCUCCCAUGUGGGAUGCCUAGCAACAGCCUCUCUGACCAUUGGCGGGCAGUUGAGUGUGGGUUUUCCCUUCCCUCCUUCAUUCCUGUCUCUAACACCCCCAGGGCUUUUUGGCUCCGCUGGGCAGCUGUCCUGGUGACGGAAAGCGGGGACAGGCCUCUGUGGGCGGUAUUUGUGUGGCCUUCAAGUCAGAACCCCCGUUCCCUGCAUGGGAAGUGCCCUUUCCUCGUGCCCCCAGUAGUGAUAGUUUUGGGGUGGUGCUUUUUUAUUUCAUCUAACUUAAAUUUCCUGAUGGGUAAGUAUCAGAUGAAAUUCAGCUUAAUUAAUGUUUGACUUUUGAGUCUUGCUGUGUUUUUACCCUGUGAUCCCAAAUGCCGCUCAUGCGUGACUGUUUGGAGCUGAUAUGUAAACUAGCCGAGAUGGAAGUCAUGUUGAUACUGUCGUAAGAUGUUUUUGGCUACUCAGAAAAAGCACUGACAAUAAAAUUUUGUAUUGGAA